GGAAGGGUGUGAGGGGCAGAGAGAGCCGGCUCCUGGUGGGGAGAGGAAAAGGUCAGGGAAGACUUGGGAGUGCAGUGAGGUGGCGGUGCGUUGGAGGGCGCUAGAUGGGGCAUGGCAUAGGCCAGGUGUGUCGAGUGUGGAACGUGACGGUACAGCGCAGGUACAUGAAGUUGCGAGGAUUUGUGUACCGCGUGGUGCAGUUGGUGCUGCUGGCAGCCAUCAUUGCUUUCCUCAAGGUAUCACGUGAAGAUUCAGGUCAGGUCACAUUUUUGUUCGUCGUGACUUGUGUCGUCCUGUCCACUGCGAUGCUGGUCUUCCUUACUAACCUGCUGCCGCUCUAUCUGCAUCGCUUCUCUCGCCGCCGUCACCGCCACCAAGAGCAGCAACAGCAACAGCAACAGCAGCAGCAACGCACCUACAGCCUGGCUGGUAUUUUGGAAGCUAUCCAUGAUGGGGUGGCUUUCCUGCUGCUCCUGCCUGCUGCUAUUGUGAUCCUGGUGCCGCCAUCCCCUACCAACCUGGUUGCUGCAGCUGCUGUGGUGACUGUGGUGCUGGUAUUCGUGCUGGGCCUGCAGUGUAUGGAGAACAUGCAGAGAGGUUGCCAGUCCUGCCGGUCCUCCCACCAAGACCAACAGGAUGAUGAAGAGUCACUGGCUGACAUGGAGUUGCAAGACCAACCCAGGAGGAGGUACACCACCAACGUCACACGAGGAAGGGCUAGACCCUGGUCAAAACUCAGGAAGUACAAUGUCAACCCACCUAUUGCCAUGACCACCUUGUCUGGCUCCCCAUUCUCACCCACCUCUUCUCCCCUUCUUGACUCAUCUCGUCCUUCCAUGCCUCCUCACUCCUCCCUCCGUCCAUCCAGUCCCAGGUUUCCCUCUGGCUCAGAAGCCCUUGGUGGCUUUUCCCUGACCCAAGAUGUGGUGUUGAAUGAUGCAUAUAAACAUCCUGUGAGUGAUAAUGCUUCAGUUGCCAUUCCCUUAGCUCUUGCAUACCCCCCUGGCCCUUCACUAUUCCCCAACCCUAAAGCUGGGCAGGUCACCCUUAACCCUGAAUACUCUGUUCCUCCCUCAGUCUCUUCCAUCUCCACUGUCUAUGCCACUCCUUUCAGUGCCUCAUCUUAUUAUAAUUUGAAAGCCAUGCCUACCAACUCCACAACCUAUGCCCCUCCAUACCGUGCCUCUGAUUCAUCCAGCCACAGUCCACUUGGCCACACCACUGCAUUACCUGACACAACAGACUUGGCUGCCCUUGGUCCUGUGCAUGUAAACUUCCCAACAUGUUCCACUACAACUACCACCACUAUCUCCACCAUCAGCACCACACUGCCCAACACUACACAUUUAGCUGCUCAUCGUCCUGUCUGUGGAAAUUCAUCAACACGUCCCACCAUCAUCACUGGUACCACAGCAGCCUAUGCAAAUUUGCCAAUGCGUUGUGCUACCACUGACACAACUGCCGCCACUUGGCCCAAUACCAUUUACUUAGUUGACCGUGAUCCUGUCUAUGCAAAUUUACCAACACGUUCAACCACCAUCACCACACCUGACCAUGGUCCUGUCUAUGCAAACUUACCAACACAUUCCAUCACCAGCACCACUAACCUAGCUGAUCAUAAUCCUGUCUAUGUACAUUUAUCAUCAUGUUCUUCCUCCUCCACCACCACCACCACCACCACCACAGAUCAUAAUCCUGUCUAUGUACAUUUAUCAUUGUGUUCCUCCACAACUACCACCACUGAUGAAGCUGAUCAUAAUCCUGUGUAUGUAAAUUUACCAUUGCAUUCCACCACCACCACCACCACCACCACCACCAAUUUAUCUGUACAUGAGCCCAUCUAUGCAAAUUUGCCAAGGACUACCACAAUUGAUGACCCCAACAUGCCUGACCACUGCCUCCCUGUCACUGAUCUUUGAUUACCAUCAUAUCACUUGUCUGUGCUUUAAUUUAUAGUUUUCUCUUUACACAGUGGUGUAUCAAGUAACCUUUGAGAACUUCUUACUUGCAAGCAAAAUGCUGUAAGAUUGUGGAAAUGUCAGUGUUGCAUAGAAGGUUCACAUAAUGUUAAACAGCUAUAAAUUUUAAAUUAAUUUGUUAAUGAUAAUUUCAAAUUUACUUGUAUUUGAAAUUAACUAAGUGACUUAGAACAAGACUGUUACCAUUGUAUAAGUGAUGAUGCAAAUGUAUCAAAGAAAAAGAAUAGCAGCACACACCACCUCGGGAGGGAAAAAAGAAUCAAAACUACAAUCAAGAUCUAAAUGAUGAUGCUGAUGGGAGAAAGGACCAUGGAAAAUUUGGUCCCUGCCACCAUGACUUGAAAGACAGACCCUGGUGCCUCCAUGUUGGCAGUGACCAUUGUGCUGAAAGAGGGAACUUGUUUACCAAGAACAUGUUUUGUACUGCACUGCAUCAGAAGUUCACUGUUGAAAUAACAUUUUAGACCUCCGAACUCGCAACUAUGGUGAUGGUAUCUCCAUGAUGCUGUGCUGCUCUGUCGUGGUGGUGGUGGUGUCUUCAACAUUGUGCCAUGGUCGAGGCAUCUCCAAUGAUGUGCUGCACCCAAGAGUAUAUUUUACUGUUGGCACUAAUCUGAUUAAUACUUGCUCCAUGUGUAUCAGACUUGUGAGCUUGCAGUGUUGCAAGUAAUAAGCUUCCUAGUGUUCUAAGAGUUCUGAGGACUCCUCUACCAAAGUGACAUUUUUUUUUUUUUUGAAAUGCUGUACCAGUUUUUCUCUGGAGGGUCUUUGAGGUAUCCUAAGUAUACAUAAUAAUCCAUGUAAUACUGUUAUUUGUAGCCACUCUUACAAGAGCAAAUAACUUGUGGCUUACUGCAUUCUAGCACCAUAUCUGAGAGGAUAUUAAAUUUGUAAUUUCA